UAAUUUUGUUUUAUUAUUCUCUUCCUUCACUCAACUCAUUUUUCUUUGCUGUUUCCCAAUUGGGUUUUUUCGUCACUCUUCAAGUCUUUGUGUUUUCAUGGUUUAGCUUGGAUUCUGAGUGGAUCUACUUUGAUUUUACUGUCAAAGUUCAGAGGUUUGGUUUCACAUUUAGAGGAGGUCCUGUUUCUGAUCAUCUGAAGUGUGCUUCUGUUGGUGUUUGGUUGCUUGAAGACCGAUUUUUCUGCAGAUUUUGGAAAGUACAAAGAUGGGUUCUUUUUGCUGCUGUCCAUGUAUUGAUGAAUUGGAAGAGUACACUAUUCCAAGCGGUUCAUUAUAUCGUCACUGCAUUUGCCUAAGGUUUUUCUUCCACCAGCUCUUCAAUGGGUAUGGUGCAGUGUUUAACAGACUUGAAGGCCGAUCUAUACUGUCAUCAAACCAAGGAGCUACAUCUUUGGCAUCACCAGGAAUUGCAAUCGCUUUACCUGAUAAUUCUCCCAAUGAGUCUCACCUCUCAUUGUCCAGAUCAAUUCCUUAUGAUAGUGAACAGAGAUACACCCGCUUGCAGCGUGAUGGCUUGGUCUCUAGGCGAGACAAGUCAGUGAUUCAUUUUCAAGAAGAUACACAACCACCAAGAAGAAAUAUGAGCAGUUCUGGUACAGAAUCACUGGGUUUUGGGAAGAAACAGAGUGGAGUUGAGUUUGAUGAAGAUUCUAAACUUAUCCAUUCUGAGUCCUCAGAGAAAACUUUAGCAACUAAAUUUGUAUUUGGUGAUUAUCUGGAAACAUCUGCUGAAGAUGAAGAUGUCUGCCCUACUUGUCUUGAUGAAUAUACUCCAGAAAAUCCUAAAAUCACAACAAGGUGUUCCCACCAUUUUCAUCUGGGUUGUAUUUAUGAAUGGCUGGAAAGGAGUGAAAGCUGUCCAAUAUGUGGCAAGGAGAUGGAAUUCUGUGAAAGCCCUUAACCAUUGUUCACGCACAAAGCUAUGGAGCUACUACAUAUAUAGAGCGGCCAAUAGAAUCUGUUAAUAAAAACCCGGUUCUUGUUUUAGACAUUCUCAUGCAGAGGAAAGCGAUUUUCCCUUGUACUAGCUCCUACUUCUUAAUAGCUAUUACACAGUAUGUAAUGGUUAUAUGUACAUCCUAACUUUUAGUUUUUAGACCUAACAGUCAAGGUCAUCCUAUAUCAACUGAUUGUAAUAUAAUCGCUUUGGAAUCAUAUUGAUGAUGCUAGAAAUCAGUAGUUGUUCAAGUUUGCAGUUCA